GUUAUGAUCAACCUCUGUUUGUUCACCACCUAUUUCAGAGAGUAAAGCAGUCCUCGCCUACUCUAACUCUGUGUUUCAUUAUGGUUGUCCCGAACUCUGUGUUUAUAUUUGCUCUCCCAACAUAUUGGUUAUUUCUUCACUAUCAACCUCUUUCUGUGGUCACUUACUCCUGCUCUAACUCUGUGUAUGUUCAUGUCUGUUCAUGAAGGAGUCCCUAACUCUGUGUUUAUAUUUGCUCGCCCAACAUAUUGGUUAUUUCUUCACGGUCAACCUCUGUCUGUGGUCACUUACUCCUGCUCUAACUCUGUGUAUGUUCAUGUCUGUUCAUGAAGGAGUCCCUAACUCUGUGUAUAUUCCUGUUUGCCCAACAGAUUGGUUCUUUCUUCAUGAUCAAUCUCUGCCUAGUGGUGAUCGCCACCCAGUUCAGUGAGACGAAGCAGCGGGAGCACCAGCUGAUGCAGGAGCAGAGAGCCCAGGCCCACUCUUCCUCUACUCUAGCCAGCAUGACUGAGCCCUCGGCAGGCUGCUAUGAGUCCGUCUUCCAGCUGGUCUGCCACGUCCUCCGCAAGGCCCGCAGGAGGUCCAUGGCGCUCUGUAAUCGACUGUUGGGGAGGCCCAAGGAGGUGAAAGGAGCAGGGAGAAGCCGAGAAGGAGGAGAGAAGACGAACGUGAAUGGAGGAGGAGGAGGUGGAGAGAGGAGAGGGCAGCACAGACAGGCGGUCCACUGUCCCCACCACACCAAGCCCGACCACGCCUCCCCAGGAGACUCCAUCGCCCUCACCGUUUCCCCCGCCACCGACGGCUGCCCUCAUUGCACCGUCGCCCUGUCAAUCAGCGACGGGGCGGGACCUGCCGACAGCCUGGCCAAUUUGGAUUUGGAGGAAGGAGCUUUGGAGGAGACGGACGGGGAGGGCAGCAAAUGCGAUGCCGGGAAGGAGGAAGUGAAAGACGCGGCUCCCGCUAAGGUUUCUGGGGGAUGUAGGCGAGGGUGCGGGGAGCUGUGGGAGGAGACAAGGUUGAUGUUGUUGGGGAUCGUGGAGAGCAAGUACUUCAAUAGAGGAAUUAUGAUCGCUAUCCUCAUCAAUACCAUCAGUAUGGGCAUAGAACACCACAACCAGCCUGAGGAACUAACCAACGUGUUGGAGAUCUGUAACAUAGUAUUCACUAGUAUGUUUGCCAUGGAGAUGAUUCUGAAGAUAACAGCGUCCGGAUGUUUCAGCUAUCUGAGAAACCCCUACAAUGUGUUCGACGGUGUCAUCGUCAUUAUCAGUGUGUGCGAGAUCAUCGGCCAGUCUGACGGAGGUCUGUCCAUAUUGAGGACCUUCAGACUCCUUCGUGUCCUAAAGCUAGUCAGGUUCAUGCCCGCGCUGCGCAGACAGCUAGUGGUCCUGAUGAAGACUAUGGAUAAUGUGGCUACCUUCUGUAUGCUGUUGAUGCUGUUCAUCUUUAUAUUCAGUAUCUUGGGGAUGCAUAUCUUUGGCUGUAAGUUCAGCCUGAAGACAGAGGCAGGAGACACUGUUCCAGACAGGAAGAACUUUGACUCUCUACUCUGGGCCAUCGUCACUGUGUUUCAGAUCCUAACUCAGGAAGACUGGAACACGGUGCUGUAUAAUGGAAUGGCUGCCACCUCUCCUCUAGCUGCUCUGUACUUCGUAGCUCUCAUGACGUUUGGGAACUACGUUCUCUUCAACCUGCUGGUGGCCAUCUUGGUAGAGGGAUUUCAGGCUGAGGGAGAUGCUAAUCGCUCCUAUUCAGAGGAUGACAGUUCCCCCUCUAACUUUGACGAGAGUGAGAAGCUUAAUGACUCUCUCAAACUGUCUGAUCCUAAGAUCUGCACUUUGACCCCUAACGGGCACCUGGAGUUGACCACGUUGACCCCGGUGAUGACCCCCAGGGGGUCGUACCCCACUGACAGGCUGACCUAUGCCCUGGGGUCACGGAAGAGCAGCGUUAUGAGUCUGGGCAAGGCCAACCUGGAGCAUAGGAGAUCAUUCUCUCUGCACCACGGCCGCAGUUCCCUGCACCACCAUUGGGGUCGCCCUCCCCCUCCUCAGAGUGCAUGGAACCGCAGCUGGAACAGCCUGGGUUGUCCCUCCCGCGGGCGAGGGGGGAUGGGAGCGGGUGUGGUGGGAGGAAGCCUCCGUGUCCGAAGCCCCCACUCCCACAUCCACUCCCUUUACCACUCGGCUGAGCACGAGUUCCUCCUCUCCCCCGCUUUCCACCUCCCCCCUCGCCACGCUCCCCCCCUCCCCCUCCUCUCCCGACGCAAUGCCAUCCGGCACCGGGACCGCCGCGCUCUCUCCCUGGAGCUCCCAAACAUGCUCCAGGUCCCCGGGGGACCUCCGCCUCGCCCCAACCCCAGGAUGAGGAGUGUUUCUGGGGGAGGGAGCAGCGGCAGUGGGGGUAUGGUAGUGGAGCACCAUGAUUGUAAUGGGAAGGCGGGUCCCCAGACUGCCCAACUCCUAGCGGAGGUCUUCCCUCAGCUGAACCUCGCCAAGGACAGAUCGGACCUGGAUGAGGAGACAGACUAUAGUCUGUGUUUCCGUAUCCAGAAGAUGAUGGAGGUGUACAGGCCUGACUGGUGUGAGAAAAGAGAGGACUGGUCUGUCUACCUCUUCUCACCACAGAACAAGUUCAGACUGCUAUGUCAGUCCAUUAUAGCCCACAAGCUCUUUGACUACGUGGUUUUAUCCUUCAUCUUUCUCAACUGUAUCACUGUAGCGCUGGAGAGACCCAAGAUACUGCAGAGCAGCUUGGAAAGACUAUUCCUCACCGUCUCCAACUAUGUCUUCACAGCCAUAUUUGUAGCUGAGAUGACCGUCAAGGUGGUCUCUAAGGGUCUGUACCUGGGUGAGAAGGCCUAUCUGAAAAGCAGCUGGAACGUUCUGGAUGGUUUCCUGGUCUUCGUGUCGUUGAUUGACAUUGUUGUGUCCAUGGCAGGCGGGGCUAAGAUCCUGGGGGUGCUGAGAGUGCUCAGGCUGCUCAGGACACUACGCCCUCUCAGGGUGAUCAGUAGAGCUCCAGGACUGAAGCUAGUGGUAGAGACUCUCAUCACGUCUCUGAAGCCUAUAGGAAACAUCGUCCUCAUCUGCUGCGCUUUCUUUAUCAUCUUCGGCAUCCUCGGUGUGCAGCUGUUCAAGGGGAAGUUUUACUACUGCCUGGGUUUAGAGGUGAAGAACAUCACCAACAAGUCUGACUGUCUCCAGGCUAACUACAGAUGGGUUCACCACAAAUACAACUUUGAUAACCUGGGACAGGCUCUGAUGUCUCUGUUUGUGCUGGCAUCUAAAGACGGCUGGGUCAACAUCAUGUACCAUGGUCUGGAUGCUGUGGGUAUAGACCAACAGCCGUCUAUUAACAACAAUCCAUGGAUGCUCCUGUACUUCAUCUCCUUCCUCCUCAUCGUCAGUUUCUUCGUUCUCAACAUGUUCGUGGGCGUGGUGGUGGAGAACUUCCACAAGUGCAGACAGAACCAGGAAGUGGAGGAGGCCAAAAGGAGGGAGGAGAAACGACAGAGACGCAUGGAGAAGAAGAGGAGGAAGGCCCAGAAGCUACCCUACUAUACCAACUAUAGCGAUGGUCGUCUGAUGAUCCACACUCUGUGUACCAGCCACUACCUGGACCUCUUUCUCACCUUCAUCAUCUGUAUCAACGUCAUUACUAUGUCCCUGGAGCACUACAGCCAACCACAGUCAUUGGAGACUAGUCUGAAGUAUUGUAACUAUUUCUUCACCACUACCUUCGUGGUGGAAUCUGUCCUCAAGCUCAUCGGCUUCGGGUUCCGACGCUUCUUCAAGGACAGGUGGAACCAGCUGGACCUGUCCAUAGUGUUGUUGUCAGUGAUGGGCAUCAUUCUGGAGGAGAUUGACUACAAUGCUUCUCUACCCAUCAACCCUACCAUCAUCAGAAUCAUGAGGGUGCUGCGGAUAGCACGAGUUCUCAAGCUAUUGAAGAUGGCUACAGGAAUGAGAGCUCUUCUGGACACAGUGGUUCAGGCUCUACCUCAGGUGGGGAACCUGGGCCUGCUGUUUAUGUUGCUGUUCUUCAUCUACGCUGCUCUGGGGGUGGAACUGUUUGGAGAGCUGGUGUGUAAUGCUGACUACCCGUGUGAGGGCAUGAGUCGGCACGCCACCUUCGAGAACUUCGGCAUGGCCUUUCUCACCCUCUUCCAGGUCUCCACCGGAGACAACUGGAACGGCAUCAUGAAGGACACCCUGCGUGAGUGCCCUCCAGGACCAAGUGACUACCCGUGCCACGCUGGACUCCAGUUCAUCUCUCCCAUGUACUUUGUCUCCUUCGUCCUCACCGCCCAGUUUGUCCUCAUCAACGUGGUGGUGGCCGUGCUCAUGAAGCACCUGGACGACUCAAACAAAGAGGCCCAGGAGGAUGCUGAGAUGGAUGCAGAGAUCGAGCUGGAGCUAGCCCAGGGACAACUCCAACUACCCACCUGCUGCAUGGGGGGGCUGGGCACUGGGCUGCUCGUGGCUGGGGCCUCUGGAGCCUCUGGAGCUUCUGGGGCCUCUGGAGCGCCUGGAUGUAGGGGUGGAGGUGGAGGGUUGGAAGGAGGGACCAGGCCAGGUCAGGGGGUAGGGCUGAUGACAGGGGCCGUAGUGGAUCACAGUGGAGUGACCCCUCCCCAUAGAGGAGGAGAAAGACAUGAGGGACACAGACGGCAUCACAGACGGAAGCAGUACUCACCUGCAAAGGUUUGUGCACAGGAGAGUCAGUGGUUGGACAGUGUGUCUCUGCUGAUAAAGGACUCAUUUGAAGGAGAGAUGCUGAUGAUUGACAACCUCUCUGGAUCUGUCUUCCAUCACUACUCCUCUACCUCUUCUCCUGUCUGGAAGGACUACAAGGGAAAUCUGCAAGAGAUCCGAUUGGCUGAGGUGGAGCAGGCGUCUCUGAUGUCAGAGCAGCUGUCUGACAAGUCGUCAUCACUGGCCCUUCCUGAUGAUCUUAGUCUGGACGACCACAGUGACUACCAGCUACUGGUCAGGGACGGCAAGGAGGAGAGAGGGAGCAGUGACUCCCACAGUUCUGAGGAAUUGAGGGAGAUUCAGGCUGGGUGUGGAGGGCGUUGGGGGCACGGAGGUUCUCGACCCCACAGCAGAGGCCCUGAAGACGGGGUAGGAUUCCUGCUCGAGGUGGGCGUCCAGCCCCAGUUCCAGAGCCAGUCUCUCCAGUUCCUCCACCACAACAGAGAUGGUGAUGGCCAUCACAGUGACCAGCUUGGCAGUGUCGGAUGUAGAGGUUCCUCCUCUCCUCUCUUUCAUCUCCCUGUGGAGUUAUUUCACCCGGCCACAGCCACAGCGGUCCCCCCACCCAUCCACAGGACGGUGGUAGACCCAGGGGGGAGAGAGGCAUCCAGGCUGCCUUCCCCAGCCUCCUGGGCCACUCUGCGCUCCCCAGGGGGCAACAGCAGGAUCCUAGCCUCCCCAGGGGCCAACAGCAGGGUCCUAUACUCUCCAGGGGCCAACAGCAGGGUCCUAGCCUACCCAGGGGCCAACAGCAGGGUCCUAGACUCCCCAGGGGCCAACAGCAAGGUCCUAGACUCCUCAGGGGCCAACAGCAGGGUCCUAGACUCCCAGCACCCGUCCCACAGUGACUCGUCCCUGGCCACAGGCAGCUCCGAGGGCAGCCUCCAGACCACCCUGGAGGAAGGUCUCAGCUUUAGCGUCUCCCCCCCUCGAGGAGAACUGGGACUCUCCCUGGCCCUGCCUCUCCUCUGCCCUCUCCCUCUCCCUCACCUCGACGAACCCCGACAAACCCCCAGAUUGCUGGGUCACCCCUCAAUGAGAGGCCGCAGUACCGCAUUCAACCUCCAAGCCACUAGAGGGCACCAGAGGAGCCAGAGCAGCUGUGGCAGCAGCACCAGUCCCGGCUGCCCAAGGCAAGACUCUAUGGACCCUUCAGAUGACGAUUGUGGGAUAGGAAUAGGAGGCGAAGGAUCCAGUCAGGCUUUUAACAGCGAACAUUUAUCAGAGACACUUAGUAGUUUGUCUCUGACGUCACUGCUGGCACCUAGCUCCCUGGCACCCCCGCUGGUGAAAAAGUGUAAUAGCACUGGGAGUUUGGACCAGGCAAAUCUUUCUGUCAGGAAUAAAGAUGGACAACAGUACUAUGAGAUAGAUACUCAUGGGUACCUCACCAACCCUUGGACUGAGAAGAGCGGUGGACAGGAAGGGGAGACGGGGUUUGGAGUUAAAAGUACAAGUCAGAUGAUGGAUGCCGGCUCGAGGAAAAACAGAUGAAACUUUAUCUAUCGGUUGGAACAUUUUCUUCUUCUCGAGGUGUUUGAUUGAUAUCUGUUCAGUGAACUCAUCUCCUCCCUCUUUCUCUCUCUCUUUUUCCUCAGUGAGGUGUCCAUGUUCUCUUCUUUCCAUGACGAUUGGGUGAAAAUUGAGCUGAGGGAUUGGUAUACAUUUUGUGGAGGAUUACAAUGACUUCUGGGUAAUGGAGUUUAAUCAAGGCAUCUCAUAUUCUGAGACAUGGGGGAUAUUCUUUGAGAGGACUACAGCAAUGACAGGACCCUUGAAAAACAUGCUAAUGCUGGGCUUGCAUGGAGCAUAGUCACCCUCAUCCAUACACCCAAAGAAAAGCAAAAAAAAAGUACCAAAAUGUGAAUUUCGUGUGAGCAUUGUGGGAAAAAAUGAUGAAACUCCAAACAUUGCUGAAACUCCAAAAGAAAACUAUUGGGUUCUCCUUGACUAUCAGGGCUAGCUUAGCUUAGCGGCUAAUGCUAACGCUCCUGUGACUGACAACGGGGCUAGCAUAGCCCAGUGGCUAAUUGUAGUCUAAUGCUUUUGUCCUCUUGAAAAAAGACAAUGCUUACUAUUAAGAUAAGCAGAUUGUAGAGUCCUUUCGAUGAGACUUUGUACAGAGUUGUUGUUUUUUAUUCACAUCUAUAAGGUAGCAUUGAUUACCAACUUUUUCUUUUAGCUAACUAACAUUUGAUAGUUGAAAGAAUAUCAAGGUUGCAUAUUUGAUGGGUUUUCUAAUUCUAAAACAUAUUGGAUCUGUAUGAAUGCAGAUGUGUCCCUCUGUGUGUGUUAGGGUGAGACAUAAAGGCUCAUCUAGAAAUACCAGAAAUAGCAAAAGGGCCCCUUUUGAAUGGAAAUAAAAAUCAAUAUGUGAGAGCUAUAGUGAAGAGACGUGGGGAGUGAAUGAGAACAUAUGCCGUACCAUAGAGGAAUAGGCCAUGUUCUCAUGAAUCACCCAUGAACCAAGGGCUUCAGAGAAAGCGAUGCUCCCCUGUCCCUACUGGAUAGAUGCACAAUAUUCAAUGAGAGAUCGAGAUCGGACGCCAUCUUGGUUGGUGAAACACAAAGUAAAACGAAGUCCCGGUCAGUUUCACAAAAUGGAGUUCUUGUCUCUUGUCCCCUCCUUGUUGACAUUUGUGCAGCGUUGUGUAUCGACGUUUUGAAGGAAAAUUGUAUACCUCAGGUGGAUGACAGAAAACACUGAAGUGGAUCUAUAAAAUAUUUUUUUCAACGCUCACACUCAGAUGGUCACAUAAAUACACAAGCGCACACACACACCACAACCACAAAGAUGUCAAAGGUUUUUCUUGAAGACAGGAAGAGAUCAGAGAGGAACAAAUCUCUCACUCGAUCGCUCUUCGUCCAACUUAUCCUGCUUUCAUUCUUUCUCAUUAUCCGUUUGAAUUAAAGGGGCACUCCACUAUUUUCUAACCUCAUAUACAAUAUCGCCAUGUGGACACUGGCAUGAUGCAGGAAGGAUAUUAGGAAUAUCAGGUUAAAUAAGUAGCGAAGUGCCACUUUAAAAUACCCACGUUGGAAAAGCCAGUUUAUUCAAAAUAUUAUUCCCCCGUGUAUUAGAUAUGCAAUAUUUGAAGCAUACAGAUAUAUAUGACACAGGUAUAGGUUGAUGUUAGGCAAGAGGGUUCUAAUAUAUCGCUAUUAUGUAUUACAGUAAAAUCUCAAUAGGCUCCAAUGAGAUUCAAAGGUCAUUCAAUUCUGAUGUGUUAGAAUGUCUGUGUAUUCCAAGAUGGUAGGAUGAGAGGAUGUCUUUUGUUCUUGUCUUUUCCACCGCCCCCUAAGUUGCACGUUGUUAUUAUUUUGUGAAUUGUCAUUUUAGAGUCAUAAAAGUGGAUUCGCUUCUCAACCUCUGCGGAUUCUUGAUUCUUUAACAUGGCGACUUGUCCGAUUUACAGGAUUCAUUCAUUUGAACGUCGGACCCUUUUCAUCUUCAGAUGUUAACCGUUGAACCUUUUCUUGAGGCCCCCAAAGUCUCAUUCUCUCCCAAGUGUUCGUUGAUUACGUUACUGAUUCGUCGUAGUAGCAGCUGUGUGGGAACCCUAGCAGUUGAUAGCUCCGUUUCAAUGCAUAAUUCCUAGUGAUGACUUAAUGAAAGGUAGACUCUUGCACAGGGGAUGUUGUAUGUUUUGAUUGUGAGGACGAAGUUCAGGUUUGUUAGUGCUGCCUACAUGUGUAUGUCAUUUUGAGAGUAGCUUUGUGAGGAUAGAAAAUCACAAUUGGAAAAGAACACAAGCCCAACCUGUGUAUUAAUGCAUAUUCAUCAGUGUCAAUGUUGAACUCUACAUCUGGUGUUCUUCUUCUCUCUCGCUCAACAUAAUGGGCUCCGAACUACUCCAACUAUUCAAAUAGCCUCCUUCAUUUACCUCAACAAACAGACAGGCCAAGACAGAGAAAUAAGCUAAAAGAUAAACCAAAUAGAAACUUCCGUGUCUCUUAGGACCCUGCUGUGUGUUUGUGUGUGUGUGUGUGUGUGUGCGUGCGUGUGUGUGUGCGUGUGUGCGUGUGUGUGUGUGUGUGUGUGUGUGUGUGUGUGUGUGUGUGUGUGUGUGUGUGUGUGUGUGUGUGUGUGUGUGUGUGUGUGUGUGUGUGUGUGUGUGUGUGUGUGUGUGUGUGUGUGUGUGUGUGGAAACAAGGGUAAUAUCUUUGACAAAUAUUUGAAAUGAGAAACCGUGGGUUUGGCACUUGUAGUUGGCUUCAGAUUUAAUCACUUGGUCCACACAAAUAUAAAUGUCAUAUCGGUUACUUUAAAAAACAUCAGAUUUUUCUUUGCCGGCUUUUUAAAGCCCCUUAUCAUUCCAUGAUGCUUAACACCAUGUUAAGACUACAUAUGUUCAAACAUAUUUUGUUCACAGACAUUUCAAAAGAUUUGAGGCCAGAAGAGAUGUUGUUUACUACAAAAGGCUGCUAUUCAACCAACCGGGUGUUUAGUAAGCCUUUGAUACAGAGUCUGAAAUGAACACAUCCCUUAUCUCUUCACGUCAGAUUAGAUGCUGUUUACUCUCACAGAGAAAUAUCAGAUGGCAGUUUAUCCUCUCUUUUAGUUUUCCCCCUCUCUUUUCUUUGUUUUUCAUGUCCUGCUGUCUUCAGAGCCGUGUCUCACUGUUUAGUGUCUUAAAUGAUGAACCGUAGCAUCACAGUCUUCCUCACACAGCUUCUAACACUAGAGUGUGUUGGACAUCUAUAAGUAUCAAAGAGAAGCGUCUGACUCUUAGCAGCAGGUGUGUUAGUCUGCUUGAAUGAGUGUGUGUGUUUGUGAAUGCUUGUCCCUCUGCCCGAAAUAUGACCUACUACACCAUUGUAGGAAACGGCUGCAAUUGAAGAAAAGAAUGGAUGUAUGAAAGUCAUUGAUACUAGUCACAAUCUUUCCUGUGGGUUUCUUGGUAUUCAGUAGCAACAUGCACAUGAUCAGCUAGCCUAGCUUAGCCUAGCCUUCAUUCAAAAACUAUUAAGUGAUAACAACACUAGCUUUCUGUGACUGGGCCUCGUCCUUUAAGUUUGAAAGGGUUUUUAACAUCAAUCUAUGGUUGCGUUGCAAAUGGCCCUCUAUUCCCUAUAAUACCCUGAGGUUAAAGGUAGUGCACUAUAUUGGGAAAAGGUGGCCAUUUGGGACAAGUCUGUAACACUUGUACACCUGGGGCUUACCUCCCUUGGAGAGAACCAGACUGAUCAAAAAGCACACGCACGCACACACUCAUACACACACACACGCACGCACAUGGACACACACAUACACACACAUACAGACCCACACACACACAGCUUGAUACGCUGGUACACCUGCGGCUCCCUCCUCCCCCCUGGAGAGAACCUGUCUGAUCAAAAGACUGCUUACGUGAACAGGCAUUUAACCACUAACACUAACACACAGCUGUCCACAGCAAUCUACAAGCCCUUGAUGUACUGUACUCACAUUCUAUUGAAUUAGAUGAAGACAGAGAGACAGAGAGAGAAGCACAAAGGUUACUAGGUGUGUUUGAUCAGACUAACACAAGAGAAGGAAGAAUAGGAAUGAAUAGGGAUGAAUGAGAGUGAAAGGAUGGUGAUGGUGAUAGGUGUGUAGUGUGUAUACAUACACACACACACACACACACACACACACACACACACACACACACACACACACACACACACACACACACACACACACACACACACACACACACACAGACACACACACACACAGACACACACAUAGACAUAGACAGACACACAUAGACAGACAGACACACACACCUUCGCUGGCAUGGCCCCAGCCUUAGCUUGUUAGAUGUUGGCCAGCUGUGGAGAGGGUUGAUGUUGAAUCGUGUUCUGGGUGCGUAUGGACAUCUGGGAUAC